GCUCAACGGGGAGGGAUCACCGGGAUCGCAACACUUUCAGCCGCUGCUGCUGUCGACACAUAGUCACCAUCUGCGUUGGAAUUUACAUUUUUGUGAUUAUUUCUACCGGGGGGGGUGAAAUCGUGAACAUAACGGGGGUGUCGGAUACCGGGAAGAGGACGCCAUGGGAGAGCUCACGGCGUUUCUGCUGUUACUGGUGGCGACCUUGACGCUUUCAUCCGAGGUGCCUGCUGACGACUCUGUGAGUUUGCAAACUGAGCCCCAGGUGGCCAUGUUCUGCGGGAAGCUCAACAUGCACAUCAACGUGCAGAGUGGCAAAUGGGAUUCUGACCUCUCGGGCACGAAGAGCUGCAUCGGCACCAAGGAGGGCAUCCUGCAGUACUGCCAAGAGGUGUACCCAGAGUUGCAGAUUACAAAUGUUGUGGAGGCCAACCAGCCCGUCAGCAUCCAGAACUGGUGCAAGAAAGGCCGCAAGCAAUGCCGCAGUCACACACACAUCGUGGUGCCGUACCGCUGCCUGGUCGGGGAGUUUGUGAGCGACGCCCUGCUCGUGCCUGACAAGUGUAAGUUCCUGCACAAGGAGCGUAUGGACCAGUGUGAGAGCCAUCUGCACUGGCACACUGUCGGCAAAGAGUCCUGUGAAGACCGCUCCAUGAAUCUCCAUGACUACGGGAUGCUGUUGCCAUGCGGAAUCGACCAUUUCCGAGGGGUGGAGUUUGUCUGCUGUCCAGCGGAGGCGGAGCGAGAGUCAGACAGCGCGGAGCUGGAGGGGGAGGAGUCAGACGUUUGGUGGGGUGGAGCUGAGGCCGAAUACUCUGAGAACAGGUAUCGUCACUCGCACACGUUCCUCCAGCUUGAAGCACAUGCUCUGCUGACGAUGCACAGACUGAACCAGGCUCCCUCCCCCAGCAUGUCACACACGACAGACACCGAGGCAGCCGCCGAGGAUGAAGAAGAUGGGGACGAAGACACGGAGACUUUUGAAAGAGAUGAGUACGAAGAUGGCGACAGAGAUGAUGAUGAUGAUGAUGAUGAGGAGGAGGACGAUGAGGCGGAAGAUGACGACGACGACGACGUGAUCGAUGAACGGGAUAGCGAUGAGCGCAAUGCUAACAUCGCCAUGACAACCACCACCACCACCACCACUGAAUCAGUGGAGGAAGUCGUUCGAGCCGUUUGUUGGGCUCGUGCCGAGUCAGGCCCCUGUCGUGCCAUGCUGCAGCGGUGGUACUUCCUGCCUGAGAAGGGCCGCUGCGUUCCCUUCUUGUUUGGGGGCUGUGGGGGCAACAGGAAUAACUUUGAUUCGGAGGAGUACUGCCUCGCUGUCUGCAGCAGCUCGCUGCCCACCGUGGCCCCCAGUCCUCCAGACGCCGUGGAUCGGUACCUCGAGUCUCCCGGUGACGACAGCGAGCACGCUGACUUCCAGAAGGCUAAAGAGAGCCUGGAGGCCAAACACCGUGAAAAGAUGUCCCAGGUGAUGAGGGAGUGGGAGGAGGCCGAGAGGCAGGCCAAGAACCUUCCUCAUGCUGACAAGAAAGCCGUCCUCCAGCACUUCCAGGAGAAGGUGGAGGCUCUGGAGCGCGAGGCAGCAGGAGAGAGGCAGCAGCUGGUGGAGACCCACAUGGCCCGGGUGGAGGCUCUGCUCAACAGCCACCGACGCCUGGCUCUGGAAACUUACCUCACUUCCCUCCAGGCCAAUCCCCCACGGGCUCGCCAGGUGUUGAGCCUGCUGAAGAAGUACGUCCGUGCAGAGGAGAAGGACCGGCAGCACACGCUGAAACAUUACGAACACGUCCGCACCGUCGAUCCCAAGAAGGCUGCACAGAUCCGACCUCAGAUUUUGACCCACCUGCGUGUGAUCGAUGAGAGGAUGAAUCAGUCCGUCGAUCUGCUCUACAAAGUUCCCAGUGUGGCGAAUGAGAUCCGAAACCAAGUCUCUGUUAUAAUGCAGAGAGUCCAGGCGGAGCUGUCUCAGCAAGUCUCUUCACUGCAGAGCGACGGGCGGGUGGACGGCAGGGUGAGUUACGGUAACGACGCUCUGAUGCCUGACCAGGCCUACAGCUCUGCUCCGAUGGACCCGGACCUGGACAGACUGGGUUUCAUCCACCCUGAGAGCUUCAACCAGCCCAACACAGAGAACCAUGUCGAGCCUGUUGAUGCUCGUCCGAUUCCAGACAGAGGACUCCCCACACGAGCUGUAUCUGCGCUGAAGCCAGAGGAGAUGCCAGAAGUGCGGAUGGAGACUGAAGAGAGGCAGAGUGCUGGUUAUGAGGUUUACCAUCAGAAACUGGUGUUUUUCGCUGAGGAUGUGGGGUCCAAUAAAGGUGCCAUUAUUGGACUUAUGGUUGGCGGGGUUGUCAUAGCAACUAUCAUUGUCAUCACUUUGGUGAUGCUGAGGAAGAAACAAUUCACUUCUAUUCAUCACGGUGUGAUUGAGGUGGAUGGAGCUGUGACACCAGAGGAGCGCCAUCUGGCCAAGAUGCAGCAGAAUGGCUACGAGAAUCCCACCUACAAAUUCUUCGAGCAGAUGCACAACUAAAGCACUGCUCAUAUUUACCCAUAAUCGAUCAGACAAGGGUUCCCCGUGUCACCUGCACAUUUCAGCCAAUAGUAACAAAAACGUCAUCAUGUUUGUACUGAAAACCCGUUGAUUUAUAUGAAUGCCCCGCAGCCGAGAGCAGAAACAUGUAAAUCCAAGCAGUUUAAUUUGCAGUCCCUCCCUCACACACACACACACACACACACUCCAAUGACAGCGUUGCUGUGUUUGAUGACGUAACGGCUAUUAAAGCUGGCGAAGGGACGGAGGGGGCUCAGUCUCUCCGCACAAUUGGAGCUCAACUGUUUCAGGUUUGUUUUACAAAAAAGGAGGAAAAUACGCCGAAAAAAUAUACGUAAUCAAAAUAUGUAAAAGUUGAAGAAUAUUGGAUGUUUUUGUUUUCUGAUUAUUAUUUUUGUAUGUGUAAUAUAUAUUAAGACAGAGAUUAGCUGUACGCAUACGUAGUGCAUGGCAAUAUUGAUGACGGAUACAGUGUCCUGUAUGUUAAGGUCCAAUGGAGCAUUCCUCUUACUAGAUAUUUUAGCAAGAUUGUACAUUUCUAGUGUCUUCUUUGUGAUCUUGUGAAAUGAAGAAAAAAAGUGUUCAGAACCCGGUCUGCUUUGUCGUCACAGACUUGCUUUAACUGAAUCUUGGCUUGUUGCUCUCAUCUCCAUGCUUCACUGUUAGCUGCAUGGGCAAAAAACUCUAUGUAAUAUAUGACGUGUGAUAGUAUCCAAAAGGAAAACUAUUUUGUUACCGUUUGCGUUCUAUGCACUCUUUACAUUUUGGAAGUUUAAUCACGAAAUAUUAUUAAGUCCCUGAAGCCGAUUCAGCAAAUAUUUUUUUUCUUUUCUUGGAACAAGUCGGUCAAACUUUAGAAACGUUUUCUGAAAGUGUUUCAUUCCAGAUUUAUUAUUCCACUCUCUUGAUUGUAAGUACUUAAAAGAUGUGAGAUCCAUCUCUCAAUGGCCUACUUUCAUUAGGGGAAUCCACCCAUCGGUUCAAGUUCUUGUUUUUCUUUCUAACCCCCAUAUGUCCUGUUUGUCCUCUUUCUGGCUGUCAGCAACCCUGACGGGACCGGUUUUCUCUUCUUCACACAUUCCUUCACCAAAUCUCACAUACACAAUCUAUUUUUCUACAUUUCCCGUGUCUCCGUGUACAUUCCUUUGCCUGCAUGUCUGUUGUCGAGUCCUCAAGAAGGUGAAGAAAUACCAACACUGGGAGGAUGACCACAACUUGCUUUAGACAUUUCCCCUAUCCCUUAAUGAAGUUAACACCGCCUCCAGUAAACAUGAAUGUGACAUACAUAUUGUACUUUUAUACCACAGAAACACAUAUCACCGCUCUGCACAUUAUGUCCACACAUGUACAGAUAAUAACUGAAACCGUAAUCGGGUUCAUGUUUAAAAUUUGUCGGGUGUCUUUGGAUGCUCGUGUUAAAAAAGAAAACAUGUGCCUCCGCCGUCCCUCAUCGAUUCAGUGACCUUCCACGGUGUCAUUAAAUUAACCAUUUGCUUAGAAUAAGACAAAGCUUUCUACACGCUGUAUACCAUGAAUAAAAUGUUGACUAUACAUAA